AUGAUCUCUCUGUUGUGGCUUGCAUGCUGGAUCUCUGGGGCUUAUUCAUUGCAUAAUAGGUCACGUAUUGUUGUCUUUGUGCCUGUAGGCGAGGCUGUGGCUAUCAGCUGUCCACUGUUAUCUUCUCAGAAAUCUAACAGCAGUGUGACUUGGUACAGAAAUGGUAGUGUUAUACCGCUAAUGGCAGAUGAGUACUUGAGGAUCCAUCAGCGAAGGAACCUGCUUUGGCUUAUCCCUGCCAAGACAGAAGAUUCAGGAUUUUAUGAGUGUCACAGAGGAAACUCAGAAAUCGACAGCAAGGAACUGCGGGUUUUUGAGAACGAUGAUGGUUUAUGUUUCAACAGAAAUGCAGCCUAUCCACAAAAACUGCCCUUAGAGAACAAUGGAAAUUUGGUUUGUCCUGAUAUGGAGUAUAUUGAAAGUGAAAAUAAUCCGCUUGUUUUGCAGUGGUCCAAGGCAUGCAGUCCAGGAUUAUUUGAAGAUAAGAGAUUUCAAGCUUUAGCACAUAGCCUUUCAAUUAAUGAUGUCAAUGAGAGCGAUAAAGGCAUCUAUGUGUGCCAAACAACACAUCUAUACAUGGGAAAACAAUAUAAUGUUUCCCGAGCCAUUAAUCUCAUUACUUACGCCUCUCCACAGAAGUUACUACAAAUUAUUUAUCCCCAAAAUAAUUCAAUUGAAGUAGAGCUUGGGUCCAGAGUUCUCAUAGAGUGUAACGCCUCUGGAGACACACAUGAGAUAUUUAUAUCCUGGGAGGUCAAUGGAACAGAGCCUGAAGAUUUUGACAACACGUUGGCAGUGGAAACGUAUAUUAGGCGUGAAUAUCUGCCUGGAAAAUGGAUAGUUGGAGCAAAAUUUAAUAUCUCUGUAAUGAAAAAUAAACACUACUUGGAGUUUCUGUGUUUUGUAUGGACUCCUACAUUUGAACCAACUGCUGUGUAUAUUAUGCUACAACCUCCAACUAAAAAUAUUCAGGGUUAUUUGAUUGGCGGACUGGUUUCACCCAUUCUUGUUAUCCUGGCUGCAGUUCUUACUUACAGAAUUUUCAAAGUUGACAUUGCUCUGUGGUAUCGACAGUCCUUUCAGCCUCUUCUCAGGAAAGAAGUUUCAGAUGGAAAGCUUUAUGAUGCUUAUGUGGUAUACCCCUCAAAAGUAGCGAACGGCAUAUAUUCAUCUGAUAUCUUUGUCCUGAAAGUGCUACCUGAAGUUUUGGAAAAACAGUGUGGAUAUAAUCUCUUUAUAUGUGGCAGAGAUGAUUUACCAGGGCAAGCUGUGAUCAGUGUUGUUGACGAAGCCGUCAGACUAAGCAGAAGAGUGAUCAUUGUGUUAGUACCAGGUUCAUGUUCCUCCCGCAUUCAGAGAGAUACCACUGAACAACAAAUAGCUAUGUACAGUGCUCUUAUUCGGGAUGAAAUUAAAGUUAUAUUGAUUUUGCUGGACAAAAUAAAAGACUAUGCCAACAUGCCGGAAUCUAUAAAGUAUCUGAAACAAAAACAUGGAGUGCUCGUAUGGAAAGGAGAUUUUUCAGAGCAGUCUCAGUUAGCAACUACAAAGUUUUGGAAAAAUGUGAGGUAUCGAAUGCCAAUUAGACAAAGUCCACCUUCCUUGGACCAUCACUCGCCGCCUGUGACUCUUACAACUUCUCGAAUAUCAGAAGGAUGA